UGUGCUCUGUGUCAUGAGGCUCUAUUUUUCCAGGAUUCUUUUCCCAGUAAAAUUCAAGGACUUUAAAGGUACGUUUUGAAACUUUUCCAGCAGUUUGGAGAUAAAAGCAAUACAUAUUAAAGCUGCGAGCGGCCACCUCAGCCUCGCCUCGCCGCCCUGCCUCGCGGUCCCGACCUCGCCGCCUCGCCUCGCCGCCUCUCUGAAUGAAGCGUUGGACCAGAGGAACAUCCAAAACAUGCAGGGCAAAGCACCUCCAGGACCAGGGCUGGGAAACACUGCCUUACGACUCCACAAAGGAGACAAAAGUAACAAGUUUUUCUCCAGAUUCAGGAGUUUGUUUGGAUAAAGUUGACUUUGUGACGUUCGGCUUCCGCUGGCAGAUUGUUGAUGACAUUUUUCGUCCUGACUGUGGAGCCACGUUAUCAUCCGAUUGAAAUGAAUUAAACAAGCUCCUUUAUCAUUAUUGUAGAAAGUCACAGGAAGAGGCCCAAAGCAUGCCUGAUCCUCCUCUAUACCUGCUCAUUAAGCUCCGUGUUUGUGCUGAAGUGUUUCAUGUAACGCUCUUUGCUCCAGGUAUUUAUGUUCCUGAGACACAGGAAGUUGUUGUUUCCACUUCCUGUUGAGCAGCUUUUCUUUCAUCAUUGACCUUCCCGCGGUGACAGCUGAUACACCUGGUCCUGUAUCCAUGGCAACAGUAAACAGGUGUAUCGGCGUUCCUCACAGCGGCUCUGAUGGAAAAUUCACAGCAAACAUCUGAACCUCCCAACUUUGUUCAUCAGGAUGAAAUCUGGAAAGCUCAUAUAAAAAUUGAGAAGGAUUCUGGAGAAUCAUAGGAAAACUGGGGCUUCCUGUCUGAAGCCUAUAAGGAGUACGAGAUGAAGAGUGCGCAGCUGAAGAUGGGCCUCCAGCCUGACCUAAGGGUUCGACCUUUGACCCCUCCACAGAAACAGAUCCAGGUCGGCUCGUCCUCCGUCGUCCCUCUGACCUCUCAGCGUUUCAUCGGAUGGCGUUCUGGAUCGUCCUGCCUCCAGCUGGAAAAGUACAACGCAGUGCAUCAUGGGAGGCGUAGUUUCCUGAAGGAUUUGGGUUGGUCUCCAGAUGCUUGCAGCUGAGUUCGAUACAGUAAAUAAAAUAAUUUGGG